AUGAUUGCGUACAUUUCAUUUAAUAUUAGUGUAAUCAUAAAAGCACGCUAUGCCAGCCAUCCUUCUCAAAAGAGCAUAGCACAUUUGGAUCUGCAGAGUUUUGUCGUGGAUAGCAAUCGCAAAAAAUUGAAGCGUCAGAAGUUGCCAAAUCUGGAGAAUAUAGACUGGCCGAAACGGGAAUUUUUAUCCCUUCCAAUGGGUGCUCCGGGCAGCCGCGAAGUCCCUCUGAAACCGCACUUCAGUCGUGGACAAAUGCGUAUAACUUGGAAACUAUUCAGUAUAUUUGAAGAUGGCAUGGAGGAGCUUGGUCUGAGUGACAAAUGGAUGAUCUAUGCUGGUAGUCUGAUUGGAUCUCUUCGUCACCACGAUAUUACGCCCUGGGAUGAUGACCUGGAUGUUCUCGUGGAUUUCGAAGUGAGACCGAUGUUAUGGAAGAAGUUCAGCACGCUCGCCCCCAAAAUUAUAAUUGGGGAAGCUGGAUUAAGGGACAAAUUAUACGCAAAAUUAAUUGAACCCAGCAAUACUGCGCGGGAUGUCGAAGGUAGUCGCAAACUGAGUGCAUAUAACUGGGGUUGGCCGUCCAUUGACAUCGGAUACUUCCUAUCUAACGCGACUCAUAUCCAAGAGCGCGCAUCAUCCUAUGGCAAGCGCGAUAUACAUCCAAAGUCUGAUGUUUUCCCAUUGAUAUUCCGACCAUUCUACAAACGCUGGGUUCCAGCGCCAAGGCAUGCUUUCUCGGUUCUUACGCAGUCCUAUCCCAAGGAUUUUCACUGCUCCUCCUUCGGAUGGUCUCACCCAUUUGAGAAUGGCAUGCGAAAACGGUCAAUAGCCUGCACUAAACUAGCGCGCCGGUACGCCUUUGUUGAACAUAGCCCCUUCUACGGCAAGGGACAGGAUAAGGCUGGUAGUCUGUCAGACCUGAUUUGGGUCCGCGAGAGGCUGAUACGCGGUGGUCAGAUCAUUCAUGAAAUACCCUUGGUUGCGCACAGAGUCGAGGCUCAUUUAGACACUUACAAAUUACGCGUGAAUUCCUAG